UAUCCGAUCCUUGAGAAACUUUUCCUUCGCUCCGACACUCGGCCUCAAACUCCUCCUUUUUUCCAACAAAUUCUCGUCCGCAUCCGAGCUAGAGAGAAUACGGAGCGUAGUACGCGGAGAGCAGACGAGCCUCUUAGUGCUUGAAGCGCAGUGGAGUAGUAUCGCUGGAGCCGUAAAAUACUGGGAGAUUGAGAUUUUUAAUCUCUUGUAAAACGCAGCGGAGUCAUAGCGCAGUGGGAGCUGCUGUGGGAACAGGCAUCUCAUUCGCAGGUCGGCGCACCAAACCGGAUCACACUCAGCACGGACCAACCGGGAGGAUCUUCUCAGACAUAGGUGUCCGCUUCACUUCAGGCACUCAUGGCGCUGUGUAACGGGGAUACCAAGUUGGAUAUCAGUGGCGAGACUAAAGAUGCCUUGCACAGUUAUGAGGGGGCUGUGGUGAUCCUGGAUGCGGGGGCCCAGUACGGCAAGGUGAUUGACAGGAGGGUGAGAGAACUGUUCGUCCAAUCAGAGAUCCUGCCCCUGGAGACUCCCGCCUUUGCCAUCAGAGAACAGGGCUUCAGGGCCAUCAUUAUAUCCGGUGGUCCUAACUCGGUCUACGCGGAAGAUGCACCAUGGUUUGACCCCGCCAUAUUCACUAUCGGAAAACCUGUGCUGGGGAUCUGUUACGGUAUGCAGAUGAUGAACAAAGUUUUUGGGGGCACGGUGCACAGGAAGAGUGUGAGAGAAGACGGUGUGUUCAGCAUCGGAAUAGACAAUUCCUGCUCACUCUUCAGGGGUCUACAGAAGGAAGAGAUGGUCCUGCUGACUCAUGGUGACAGUGUGGAUAAAGUGGCAGACGGCUUCAAAGUGGUCGCCCAGUCCGGCAACAUCAUCGCAGGCAUCGCCAAUGAGCAGAAGAAACUGUACGGCACUCAGUUUCACCCAGAAGUGGACCUGACGGAGGGGGGCAUGGACAUGCUGCGUAACUUCCUGUUUGAGAUUGCUGGCUGCACCAGCAACUUCACCGUGCAGAACCGGCAGCUGGCCUGCGUGCGUGACAUCUGCGAAAAAGUGGACAAGUCCAAAGUGCUGGUGUUGUUGAGCGGUGGCGUGGACUCCACUGUGUGUACGGCUUUGCUGAAUAAGGCUCUGAACCAGGACCAGGUGAUCGCUGUGCACAUCGACAAUGGCUUCAUGAGGAAGCGGGAAAGCCAGAGCGUGGAGGAGGCCCUCACCAAACUCGGCAUCAAACUCAAAGUGGUAAAUGCAGCUCACACAUUCUACAAUGGCACCACCACGUUGCCCAUCUCCGAGGAGGACCGCACACCCCGAAAACGCAUCAGCAAGACACUCAACAUGACCACCAACCCUGAGGAGAAGCGGAAGAUCAUUGGAGACACUUUUGUCAAGGUGGCGAAUGAGGUGCUGGGUGAGAUGAACCUGAAGCCAGAGGAAGUGUACCUGGCCCAGGGGACGCUCCGACCCGACCUGAUCGAGAGCGCCUCGCACCUGGCCAGCGGCAAGGCCGAGGUCAUCAAAACGCACCACAAUGACACGGAGCUCAUCCGUAAACUCCGAGACGAGGGGAAAGUGAUCGAGCCACUGAAAGAUUUCCACAAGGAUGAGGUGCGGGCGCUGGGUCGGGAGCUGGGGCUGCCUGAGGAGAUCGUGUCUCGACACCCUUUCCCUGGUCCAGGCCUCGCCAUCAGAGUUAUCUGUGCCGAUGAGCCCUACAUCUGCAAAGACUUCGCAGAGACCAACAACAUCCUGAAGAUCAUCACAGACUUCUCCGCCAGCGUGAAAAAGCCUCAUGUGUUACUGCAGAGAGUGAAGUCGUGCAUAUCUGACGAGGAAGAGGAGAAACUGAUGCAUAUCACCAGCCUUCAUUCACUAAAUGCCUUCCUGUUGCCAAUCAAAACUGUAGGCGUCCAGGGCGACUCGCGUUCGUACAGCUACGUGUGCGGCGUGACCAGCAAAGAAGAUCCUCGCUGGGACCCGCUCAUGUUUUUGGCCAGACUCAUCCCGCGCAUCUGCCAUUCCAUUAACAGAGUUGUGUACGUCUUCGGGCCACACGUAAAGGAACCCCCCACUGACAUCACGCCCACCUUCCUGACUACGGGCGUACUGAGCACGCUCAGACAGGCGGACUAUGUGGCUCACUCUAUCCUGAGGGAGUCUGGCUACUCAGGUAAGAUCAGUCAGAUGCCGGUCAUCCUGGUUCCACUGCACUUCGACCGCGACCCGCUCCAGAAGCAGCCCUCGUGCCGGCGCUCUGUUGUCAUCAGGACCUUCAUCACCAGCGACUUCAUGACCGGAAUUGCUGCCACACCCGACAAACACAUCCCAGAGGAGGUGGUGUUAAAGAUGGUCGAUGAGAUCAAGAAGAUCCCGGGCAUCUCCAGGGUGAUGUACGACCUGACGUCCAAGCCACCGGGCACCACGGAGUGGGAGUAGGAAGCUGCUCUGGACGGCCUGUUCCUCCCCUCCUUCACUUUCACUUUCCUCCUCUCUCCCUCCCAUUUCUACCCCCAUUGCCCCCUCCCACCUUGCCAGUGUUGCCCCACUCUCCCACAACCCUCAGACCAGACCCCACAUCCCCAAGAACAGAACAUUCCCUACGAUGGCAGGCAGUACUGUGAUUAGCACACACCUGAACACGCUACUUCAACACUGCCUCAUUUUCUGGGGCUAUUGUUGUUAUUGUUGUUGUUGUUGUUGUUGUUAUUAUUGUUUUUUAUUAUUAUUAUUAUUAUUAUUAUUAUUAUUAUUGAUCUGCUCAUCAUUGAUUUCUAAUGAUGGUAUAGUUUGUCAGGUAUCAGCCCUUUGCAUUAGGCUAAGUCAUUGUGACCCAGUUGGUUUUCUUCUGCAGAUGCUAAAUCUUAAGUGGUCAGUUUUCUAGCAGGUCAUCUGCCACAUGGAGCAUGAGACAGUUUUUUGACAGACAGUCAUGUUAAUGUUUCCCAAACAUGCCGUUUUUGUUUAGUUUUUACCCACACUUGUCCCAUUGACUCGUAGACCAGCCCUGCUGCACUGCCGUCGCCUUCAGUUCAUUUUCACUUUGAAAUGACCUGCAUACAUAAGCUGAAAGUAGUAGCUAACUCACCUAUUAAUGGUGUGACCAAUGUGGUUUUGUUUUUGUUUUUUUCCCCCAGUUUUAUUUGCCAAAUAUAGACGGCUUGAGGCCGAUAGGGGUUCAGAACUGCCCGCUGUUUUGAGUUUGACGUUUUUGCUCGUGCUAUUCUUGCGCUGUGGAGAGCUGCAUCUGGUUCCAGAGACGUUCUGCUGUGAAGGCGCUUCUUUGAGAUCAGGGGGCUUCCUGGACUCCGUACCUGGACCUUCGUCUGUUCCGUGUCUUAUUUGUUGUUUAUUACCAUUUUCGUUAAUUUCAGGGAUGCGGAACCACCCAAGACUUACUCUCCCACAAUGGAGGGCAAACUAACGUGCUGCUUGUUUCCCUUUUUGGUUUUGCAUUUUAAGGAAGGGUGAGCAGACACUGCAUAUGGCAAAUGGGAAAAGAAUGUAUCCAUAAGUCAGUACGUUCUUUAAUCCUCGUUCUGGUCUAUUUGGCUUCGUCAGCAUCGUAGCUGCUCCUGCGUGCGCGUUCGGAUGGUAGGGGGGCAUUUUUUGCACAUUAACUGCAUCUUGUUUUUACCCACAAGGCCUUGGUGCUUUUCAUCUGUGUUAGAGGGUUGUGGUGUUCCGCAGCUAAACCGAUGAAGCCCAAAACGAGUGAUGGAGAGGGACUCCAUAUGGACUCGCCGCAAUCAGCAAGACGAGCUCGCAUGCUGCAGUUCGAGCCCACGCGAGACAGGCCGUCUUUGCGUAAUGUCAGCCAAGCAGCCAUCUUUCGAAGUUAAGGGGUCCGAGUUCGCCUGAGAGAGUCAUUCUAGUUGUACGAGAUGGUUCUGGGCCUUGGUUAUACAUGGAGGUGUGGUUGGGCAAAAAUGGGAGAAAACUAUGCCUCGCCCAGCACUCAAACCUUUGAUGUAGAUAAGAUUUGAAGUGUUGUAACAAUAACAUGCCGAGCUAUUUAUUGUCUUUGUAUUUUCGUUAAAGAUUUCUCUUGUAUCGGUAGGCUAAAAAAUCAAUGCAAGGUGGACUGGUUUAUAGUCUUAACUUCAGACCUUGUUCUUAACAAUUCUCUCCUGUCCCCUUUUUAAUGUGUAUAUUUUAUGUGUCUACUCAAGAAAAUACAAGUACUAUGAAAUUUAAAAUUAGUAGUGGGUUGGACUGCAAUAUGACAUGGUAUUUGAUUUGAUUUAUGCAAUUGUUUGAUUUUUUUUUUUUUUUUUUUUUGUAUCAAUGAACAAAGCUUUUUCUUUAGUAUUGUGCCUCAAAACCAAGCCACUGCAUGCAUUUUCCUGAAAAACUGAAAUUUGUAUAAUGAGAUCGGAACUUUAUUAAAGAAGUCCAUGUACAACUUUC